UGUUUUUACUGAGAUACAAAAUCUUCAGUGUUACUGUGACUCUCUCUAUAAGCAAGCAAAAGAGAUUCAUAACUUUUGAAAGAAGUUAUAUGGGUACAAAUCCUUUUACGUCUUUUCUUAAAACAAAAUUCUCUGUCGACAGACUUAAUAUCAUUGAAAACUGAGUUGGGCACUUGGGAUGGUUCUCUCGUGAGAAAGUCUUCUAGCAUACCAUCAGAGAGGCGAAGGUCGAUGAAACAGAAGGUCAUGGGGUCCCUGCUCAUGAACAUUUUUCAUAUUUGAUAUUCCCUGUGAGCCCGUGAAGUUUCCUUGCUUGUGGAGUUCAUUAACAGAACACAAGGAUCUUUUAUAGAAAAUUUACUUUAUGGUACUAAUUAGAGGUUCAAUUUAUUUGUCUGUUUAGUGAAUAGUGAAGGCGAUUAUGGUUUGAAUAACGAUUGUGUUCUAAAUUUUGAACAACAAAAGAAUUAUACCCGUCUAGAAAGCUACGGUUUCGUACCUACACAAAAUCAUUUGUUUCAUGGUAUUAAAGAUGCACGAUCAACAUUUACAUUAGAACAGUCGAGCGUAACGUCCCAGCAGAAAGAAAGACGGUUUCAUUUCACUAAAGAACAAGCUAACGAAAUUCUUCGUUUAAAAUUAGGUGCAUUUGUCAAAGGUCAUUUAACACGAAAGUUAUUUCAUACAGAAAAUGUUAAAACAUUAAUAAAAACGUUGCAUGAUACGCGUCAAUUUGCUGUCGAUUUUCAAGAAGAAUGUACACGAACAAAAACGCAACUAAAUCAAGAUGAUAUACAUAUGAUUGAUCAACUAAUUAGACAGGUGGAAGGUAUAUUAACUGAAAUUCAUGACAUUUUUAUUCGUUCUACGCCUAUUCGACAAAUCUAUUUAAUUGUAAGAAAUGAACAAAUUGUUCGUCUAAAGACAUCGAGAGUAAAUCAACAAAUAAACCGUGAUUUUGCGCACGAAACAACAUCAAAACAAGAUUACAAACCACGUUCAACAUUUGUUAUAAGAAGUACUAUAUCGAAUAAUCAACCCAAAAAAACGACGCCGGUGAAUCAUGAUGAAAAAGCUGUUGUAUUAACAACAAACGAUGACGGCGAUGGUCAAAAGUCGCCAUCAGUACCGUCAAGAGAUUAUAAACGACCGAAUAACAUUCGUCGACAUGUGACAACUGUACCAGAUCGAUUUGAUAAAUCGGUUUAUACUCCAGCUCCGACAACACUAUCGUCACGUUAUACAGGACCGAUUCGGCAACAAUCGACAGUUCAAAUGAAAAAAGCUGUUCGAAAACCUCGUCGCACAAAUACUCAAUCAGAUUUAUUUCAAACGGCAUCAUCAAAUCAACGUUCCACAUCAGCGACUACGGCGCGACCGUUAAAUAAUCCCAGUCGUCCAAUGAUCCGUCCAAAACUUGCAUCGGAAUCACCAAUGUUCAAAAAAGAUCAUCCAAAAUAA